AUGGGGGAGGGGGGCUUCUUUAUUGAAACCGUUUGUUUUUUUUUGUCCUUUGCAAGUGUCCUGCCAGUGGCUGGCUUCGGGUCAAUGGCCCAGUCAGCCGGACUUGUGGAGAUCGCCGUCAGGCUGUGCUUGAACCAGCGUAAACAACUGUGUCCUCACGUUUGGGUUCCCAUCCUGAAACCUCAGCGGCCGUGCCUCCGUGCUCAGGUGUCAGAUCAGCUGCCCUCUGACAUCCUGAGUCCAUCUUACCCAGCCCUCCCUUUUCUGUCCUUUCUGGACGACGACGACUUUGACGAUGAUGUUUUGAUCCCAAUUAAGAAUAGACAUGUGGUUUUCGCUGACUCAAUAGGAUUGUCCCUGACAGCUGUGCGAGAGUUUUCCGAUGAAGAGGAGCAGUCCGACCUCAACCUACUGCCGUCGCUGCCUGACAUGGGAAGCAUGACAGCGAACAGCUACAGCUGCACCGUCAGCACAUGUUGUCCUGGGACACGGCUCAAGUUGGGCUUCCCGCAACCCGCUGCGGAUUUCCAGGCCUUCCGCGCCAAGCUGGCAGAGAGCAUGGUUACCCUGGAGAACUGCAGCGUCACAGAACAGGCCCUCCAAGGAACCGUUCGAAUCAGGAACCUCAGCUUCCAGAAGGACGUGCGUGUGCGCAUCACCUUUGACUCCUGGCAGAGCUACAAAGACGUGCCCUGUACGUACCUGCAGAAACGAUUCGGAGGACCACAGACGGACAUCUUUGAAUUUGACAUUGCCAUUCCUAAAGUGCUGGAUGCCAAAAGGAAGAUAGAGUUCUGUUUGUGUUAUUCACCUGGAGGGCAGAGCAAACCUUUUUGGGACAAUAACGAUGGACAGAAUUACAGCAUUGCAGUGUGUGUGAGCUCACAUCUCUGUUGUGGUUAG